AUGUCCGCCACAAUGAGAUCUGCUCAGCUGGUGCGCAACACGUCUGCAUUGCGGUCGACCCUGACUGCUCGCACUCGUGCUGGCGCUCUCGGCCCAGCUUCCAUCGCUGCGGCGAACAGUCUGCUCCGAAAUGGCCGCGGUCUUCCAUCGCAUGUGUCUGCACUUGCGAUCUUGAUUCCCCAACAGCGUGGCUAUGCCACUGAGCAAUCCACAUCCAACUCCUCCCAGUCAUACCCUCCUCCUGGAUUCAAUGCCGAGCAAGCGAAGAAGCCUAUCCCUCAGGAGCUAGCACAAUCAUCACAAAAAGUUGCCAAGCCCGAGACGUUUGAGCCUGUCACUAAGGAUGUCAAGCCAGCCUCCAGCAAGACCGCUGUGGAAUCUCAGAAGACCGAGGAGAAGGAAGCCAAGAAGUUGACAAUGGGACAGAAGGUUAAAAAGGAGCUGCAGCACUACUGGGAUGGCACAAAGCUGUUGGCAACAGAGGUCAAGAUUAGCACCCGGUUAGCUGUGAAGAUGGCAGCUGGAUAUGAGCUCAGUCGGAGAGAGCACCGUCAGCUUCAACGUACCACCAAGGACUUGGGUCGGCUGGUUCCUUUCUCUGUUUUCCUUAUCGUUCCCUUCGCCGAACUCCUGCUCCCCGUCGCCCUGAAGAUCUUCCCCAACUUGCUGCCCAGCACCUACGAGGGCAAGUCCGCUCGCGAGAAGAAGGCAACGAACCUGAGCUCCACCCGUAAAGAGGUCUCUAGCUUCUUGCGCAACACAUUGCGCGAGACCGGCUUGCCCUUGACCGCUGCGACCGUGAAGAACGAGGAGUUCGCAGACUUCUUCCGCAAGAUCCGCACCACCGGUGAAUCUCCCUCCACCGAAGACGUUGUCAAGGUCUGCAAGAUCUUCAAGGACGAUCUUACCCUGGACAACUUGUCCCGCCCCCAGCUGGUGGCUAUCUGCCGUUACAUGAACCUGAACACCUUCGGCACUGAUGCCAUGCUUCGUUACAACAUUCGUCACCGCAUGCGCCAAAUUAAGCGUGAUGACCGCGCCAUCUACUACGAGGGCGUCGACUCGCUGUCCGUUCCCGAGCUGCAGAUGGCUAGCGCUUCUCGGGGUAUCCGCACACACGGUGUCUCCCCUGCACGUCUCCGCGAGGACCUUACCAUGUGGCUCGACCUCCGUCUUCAGCAGGGUGUCCCAUCCACCCUCUUGGUUCUGAGCAAUGCCUAUAUGUACACCCAGGGCGGCAAGGAGUCUGACAUGGCCUCUCAGAUUGAUGCCCUAAAGUCGGUUCUGUCUAGCAUUCCCGAGGAGCUGUUCCACGAGAUCGAGCUGGAGGUCCACAACGCCGAGGGUGCUGCUACCAACAAGCAGCGUCUGGAGGUCAUCAAGGAGCAGGAGGAGCUCAUCGAGGAGGAGAGCGUGCAGAACAGCGGAAACGAUGGCCAUGUUGCCGCGCCCAAGGAUAUCGAAGAUAUCGACGAGAAGGAGGAGGCCCGCAUCGAGGCAUCCAACGCCUCCGAGAAGCAGUCCGCCGAAGCAAAUGAAGCCAUGGCCGAGGGCACCAAGGCCGAGCAGACCAAGAAGAGUGAAAGCUCGUAG